UCAUCGUUGGUUUGGUUUUAAUUUAGUUUUGUUUGUGACAUGACAGUCAUAUAAAUAAAAUUUAAUUUAAUGUAGAUAUCAUAAAAUCUGUGACAAAAAUGUUUAUAAAAAAAUCCUGUAUCAGUACAUAAUUAAUGGCACAGCCAUGUUAUUUACUCAUUUUACAUAGGGAGAUUCCGCACAUUUAGUAAAAAUCGUUAACCUAAAAGAUGGGGGCUGAUAGUGAGCUAUUGCAAAGUGUGGCAAAUGUUCUAAGCACCCUAACAAUACUGUCAUGUUUGUUCCUAAAAGUUCCACAGAUUAUGUACAUUUGGGAAAAGAAAUCGGCUGAAGGCAUAUUUAUUCAAGCCAUGAUUAUGGAAGUUACUGGAUUCUCAAUAAUGACCCUGUAUAACUAUACCAAUCAAUACAGCCUGAUGACAUAUCUGGAAUAUCCGAUAAUUCUGCUACAAGUGUAUGUGAUGUUCUACUUGGUUCUCAAGUACAAAAACAAAUUGAAUAUGCCCAUAGUGCCAAUAGCAUCCAUUGCUUAUUUCAUUGCGGUAAUUGGAUUUGCAUUUGACAUACUUCCGAAGAGCAUUCUCUCGUAUUUAGUGCCAUGCUGCGCCCCAUUGAGUGGGUUCGCUAAAGUUACAUACAUAUAUGGCAUCAUAAAGGCUGCCAAUGCAGACGCCAUUUCGCUCACCACUUGGGUGAUUUCCGUGGUUACUAAUCUUGCUCGUGUCUUUACGGUCUUCGUGGACUCCGCUGAUACCAAACUGAUGAUGAACUUCGCCAUAUCGACUGUCCUCAGUUCCGGAGUAUUACUCACGGCGUUAUAUUACCAGCGAAUGACCGCGAUGGCACCGAAAACCAGGAGAAAGUCGACAAGAAAACAUAGUCAUGACCACGACGAUUAAAUUGUACAAUACUACCACGUUUAUAAGUCGCCUUGGCAAUAUUUGACGGCGCAGAAUAACACAACCUACCGCCGAAUGAAAACUCAAGAAAAUAACCUUAUGACAAGCCAAUUAAACUUAAAAUCCAAAAACAUAAUGUCUCCUGCUAUCUCGCUCAUAAUAUUAGAACAGCAGGACAUUUGAGUUAGUGGAUUCUUAAUUUCUUAAAAAUAGAUAUCGUGACAUACAGUUUUUCUUUGCGCAGGUACACGGGAGUUACUUAUAAAAUGGGUAAUACCGUAAUUGACUGUGGUUUUAUUCAUGAACGCUGAUAAUACAUGUUCUAUUUGUUCGAUUAGUCUCAAAAGUAGACAAAGGGAAGAUAAAGUCUCAUUCUCUAUCAACGUUCGUGAAUAACCCAGCUAUCAACGUUCGUGAAUAACCCAGAGGUUUAUUGUUCCUUUAUAAAAUUAAGUACACACAGUGACACUCAGGUAGUGGAGUACUAAAUUGAGAGUCAAUGAGAGACCACCUAGUUUUAAAAUUAUACCAUUUAACUAUUAUAUCUAAUGCUCACAAUUAACCCUUUUUGCAGGCAAGUGAAAAUACCUAUAAAACCUUAUUUUGCUCAAAUGUGUCAGGUGUUAGAUUAGUAAUAUUUUUUUAAUUUAAAGUUAAGAACAGAAUCUCCACUUUAAGAAAUACUAUUGGUCGUUUCCCAAUUUGUUGCCAUUAUUCAUGUUUAAUAACAGCUUCCAAAUAAGUAAUACGAGUGUCUCAACAAGGUUGCCUUAGACAGUCAUACAAACCGAUAAGGUUCCUCGAAAUAUUUAAAUGGCGCCAAAUUUGACUUAAAAUGUCAUUGUUAUUUAUAAAUUUCUGUAGAUCUAGUCUUUAAACUAUUAUGCUUGUGUAGUAAAAUUUUUAAACAAUUAUUAAAAUCUCAAUCUAAUUUCCACUAUUUAAUCCUAUGUAGGUACUUAAGUGGCAAAAUCCUGUGCCCAAGAAUAAUGUACCAACUUCAAUCUCAGUAGACUUAUUUGUAGCGGGAACUAUUGUAACGUUUUAGAACUCUUUAAUUAAAUUUUAAUUUUAUAGUUUAUUCCGGAAGUACAAAGGUAUUAAAAAGAAGAUAUGUACUCUAACAGUAUAGAAAACAAGAACCAACCAUUAUAAGUACAAAUAUUGUAUUGUGGAGGAUAUAAGGAGGACGCUCCGCUUAACUCCAUUGACAAGAGUUAGCUCUUAGAUUAUAUUGUGGCUUCAAUAAUGAAUGCUAAAAUAAUUUUACAUUGUGAAACUUUUUACCAUAUGCAAUUUGCAAAAAGUCAAAAAGUUAUUGUUCAACCUUUCGCAAAUGAGUUAACAUUGUACUUAUAAAAACUCGGUGGAGAAAAAUUGAGGCAGUUAAACAUUUUUAACUCCUGCGGUUCCUUAUAAAUAUUAGAACUUUACCUUUUUUUAGUACGUAAAUAUUAUAACUAUUUUACUUAGCGAAUCUCGCCUUAUAAAUGCAUAAUAUAUUGUUUAAAAAAGUUUUAAACUUUUAAAAAUAUUUUUCUCUAGUCUUUUUGUGAAAAGAAAAUUUGUCAUUUUAAUUUAUUGAAAGAUGUACCUAGUAUCUGCCUAUUCCUCGGGAAAAGAGAAUAAAUUAUAAGUGUGUUUUAAAAAUCAUAGAAUGAUAACAUGAUUAUUCAACAUAAUUUGCACAUGAGAAUUGUAGCUAACACUAGCAAUUAUCCAGUAUCCAGGAUACCUGAUUGUAUCAUACAUACAUAUAAUCACGUCUAUCCCUUGCGGGGUAGACAGCCAACUGUUAUUAUUAUACCUGAUAUCAUGGUUAAUGUAAUAAGUGCUAAUACCCUUGUCGAUAUAACUAGGGGAUGCUAGCCGUGUGCAAAAUAAUAAUUUACUAAUGAAAAUCUUAGUACAAUUAUACUACAAUAUUAUACAAUACUUAGUUUUAAUUAAUAUUGUUCAAAUAUAAAAGACAUGUAUUUAAUUAUAGUGCCAUUUACAGU